CUGUGCUUCGACGGUAACUCACAGUCACAGUUGUAAUAUUGUAUUGUUGUAGAACAACAACAACAACAACAACAAGAGGGUUUUUCAGUUUCUCGUUGAAAUCGAAACAACAACAACAAAACCAUGGGCCGAAAAUUCUUCGUUGGUGGCAACUGGAAAUGCAAUGGUACCACUGAACAGGUGAAGAAGAUUGUUGGUACUUUGAACGAGGCUAAAGUCCCUGGAGAAGAUAUUGUGGAGGUUGUUGUGAGCCCUCCUUUUGUGUUCCUAUCAUUUGUAAAAGCUUUACUCCGAUCUGACUUCCAUGUUGCUGCUCAAAACUGUUGGGUUCACAAAGGUGGUGCUUAUACCGGGGAGGUUAGUGCUGAAAUGCUUGUGAAUUUGGACAUUCCAUGGGUUAUUCUCGGUCACUCUGAACGAAGAGCGCUCUUAAAAGAAUCAAGUGAGUUUGUGGCUGAUAAAGUAGCAUAUGCACUUUCACAAAAUCUGAAAGUUAUUGCUUGCAUUGGGGAGACUCUUGAACAGCGUGAAGCUGGUACAACAUUGGCUGUUGUUUCUGAGCAAACAAAAGCAAUUGCAGCUAAAAUAUCAAAUUGGGAUAAUGUUGUUUUGGCCUAUGAGCCAGUUUGGGCCAUUGGAACAGGAAAGGUUGCAACUCCUGCUCAGGCACAAGAGGUCCAUGCUGAUUUGAGGAAAUGGAUUCAUGACAACGUGAGUGCUGAAGUUGCUUCGACUGUGAGAAUUAUCUAUGGAGGUUCUGUAAAUGGAGCAAACAGCAAAGAAUUGGCAGGACAGGCUGAUGUUGAUGGAUUUUUGGUUGGCGGUGCUUCCUUGAAGCCGGAGUUCAUCGACAUCAUCAACGCCGCCACCGUGAAGAACUGAAAUUGGUAGUCAGGAACUUGUAUGCUGCCUUUCAAGCUGCUUCGGAAAUUGCUGUGUUUGAGCUUUAAUUCCUUGUUUUGUGGCUAAUGCUUUGGACUUGUGUUUAGUACUUAAUAAAUAUGAUUUCCUGUUACUUAAUCAGUUGGGAUCAGUUGGAUUUUUUGUUUAGUUUAUGAGCAAAAAUAGUAUAACUGCCAUAACAGUUGGUGGGAAAAUAAUGUUGAACGCCAGAGUUUUUGUUGAAUGUGCUUUUAUCUUCA